CCCGCUCCAUUCUCCCGCUUUCCAUCACCUCUCCCCUUUCUCCCGCUUUCCAUCACCCCGCCCCAUUCUUCCACUUCCCAUCAUCACGCCCCAUUCCCCCGCUUUCCAUCACCCCUCCCCAUUCUCCCUCCUCCCAUCACCUCGCCCCAUUCUCCCGCUUUCCAUCACCCCGCCCCAUUCUCCCGCUUUCCAUCACCCAGCCCCAUUCUCCCGCUUUCCAUCACCCCGCCCCAUUCUCCCGCUUUCCAUCACCCCGCCCCAUUCUCCCGCUUUCCAUAACCCCGCCCCAUUCUCCCUCCUUCCAGCACCCCGCCCCAUUCUCCCGCUUUCCAUCACCCCGCCCCAUUCUCCCUCCUUCCAUCACCCCGCCCCAUUCUCCCUCCUUCCAUCACCCCGCCCCAUUCUCCCGCUUUCCAUCACCCCGCCCCAUUCUCCCGCUUUCCAUCACCCCGCCCCAUUCUCCCGCUUUCCAUCAUCCCGCCCCACCCCAUUCUCCCGCUUUCCAUCACCCCGCCCCAUUCUCCCGCUUUCCAUCACCCCGCCCCAUUCUCCCGCUUUCCAUAACCCCGCCCCAUUCUCCCUCCUUCCAGCACCCCGCCCCAUUCUCCCGCUUUCCAUCACCCCGCCCCAUUCUCCCUCCUUCCAUCACCCCGCCCCAUUCUCCCGCUUUCCAUCACCCCGGCCCAUUCUCCCGCUUCCCAUAUCCCCACCCCCUUCUUCCGCUUUCCAUCACCCCGCUACAUUCUCCCGCUUUCUAUCACCCCGCCCUAUUCUCCCUCCUUCCAACACCCCGCCCCAUUCUCCCGCUUUCCAUCACCCCGCCCCAUUCUCCCGAUUUCCAUCACCCCGCCCGAUUCUCCCGCUUUCCAUCACCCCGCCCCAUUCUCCCGCAUUCCAUCACCCCGGCCCAUUCUCCCGCUUUCCAUCAUCCUGCCCCAUUCUCCCUCCUUCCAUCACCCCGCCCCGUUCUCCCGCUUUCCAUCACUCCGCCCCAUUCUCCCUCCUUCCAUCACCCCGCCCCAUUCUCCCUCUUUCCAUCACCCCGCCCCAUUCUCCCGCUUUCCAUCACCCUGCCCCAUUCUCCCGCUUCCCAUAACCCCACCCCAUUCUCCCGCUUUCCAUCACCCCGCCACAUUCUCCCACUUUCCAUCACCCCGCCCCCUUCUCUCUCCUUCCAUCACCCCGCCCCAUUCUCCCUCCUUCCAUCACCCCGCCCCAUUCUCCCGCUUUCCAUCAGCCCGCUCCAUUCUCCCGCUUUCCAUCACCUCUCCCCUUUCUCCCGCUUUCCAUCACCCCGCCCCAUUCUUCCACUUCCCAUCAUCACGCCCCAUUCCCCCGCUUUCCAUCACCCCUCCCCAUUCUCCCUCCCUCCAUCACCCCGCCCCAUUCUCUCGCUUUCCAUCACCCCGCCACAUUCUCCCGCUUUCCAUGACCCCGCCCCAUUCUUCCUCCUUCCAUCACCCCGCCCCAUUCUCCCGCUUUCCAUCACCCCGCCCCAUUCUCCCUCCUUCCAUCACCCCGCCCCAUUCUCCCUCAUUCCAGCACCCCGCCCCAUUCUCCCGCUUUCCAUCACCCCGCCCCAUUCUCCCGCUUCCCAUAACCCCACCCCAUUCUCCCGCUUUCCAUCACCCCGCCACAUUUUCCCACUUUCCAUCACCCCGCCCCAUUCUCCCGCUUUCCAUCACCCCGCCCCAUUCUACCGCUUUCCAUCACCCUGGCCCAUUCUCCCUCUUUCCAUCACCCCGCCCCAUUCUCCCUCUUUCCAUCACCCCGCCCCAUUCUCCCUCUUUCCAUCACCCCGCCCCAUUCUCCCUCUUUCCAUAACCCCGCCCCAUUCUCCCGCUUUCCAUCACCCCGCCCCAUUCUCCCUCUUUCCAUCACCCCGCCUCGUUCUCCUGCUUUCCAUCACCCUGCCCCAUUCUCACGCUUUCCAUCACCCCGCCCCAUUCUCCUGCUUUCCAUCACCCCGCCCCAUUCUCCCUCUUUCCAUCACCCCCGCCCCAUUCUCCCGCUUUCCAUCACCCCGCCCCAUUCUCCCGAUUUCCGUCACCCCGCCCCAUUCUUCCUCUUUCCAUCAUCCCGCCCCAUUCUUCCUCUUUCCAUCUCCCCGCCCCAUUCUCCCUCUUUCCAUCACCCCGCCCCAUUCUCCCUCUUUCCAUCACCCCGCCCCAUUCUCCCUCUUUCCAUCACCCCGCUCCAUUCUCCUGAUAUCCGUCACCCCGCCCCAUUCUCCUUCUUUCCAUCACCCCGCCCCAUUCUCCCGCUUUCCAUCACCCCGCCCCAUUCUCCCGCUUUCCAUCACCCUGCCCCAUUCUCCCGCUUUCCAUCACCCCGCCCCAUUCUCCCGCUUUCCAUCACCCCGCCCCAUUCUCCUUCUUUCCAUCACCCCGCCCCAUUCUCCCGCUUUCCAUCACCCCGCACCAUUCUCCCGCUUUCCAUCACCCCGCCCCAUUCUCCCUCUUUCCAUCACCCCCGCCCCAUUCUCCCGCUUUCCAUCACCCCGCCCCAUUCUCCCGAUUUCCGUCACCCCGCCCCAUUCUUCCUCUUUCCAUCAUCCCGCCCCAUUCUUCCUCUUUCCAUCUCCCCGCCCCUUUCUCCCUCUUUCCAUCACCCCGCCCCAUUCUCCCUCUUUCCAUCACCCCGCCCCAUUCUCCCUCUUUCCAUCACCCCGCUCCAUUCUCCUGAUAUCCGUCACCCCGCCCCAUUCUCCUUCUUUCCAUCACCCCGCCCCAUUCUCCCGCUUUCCAUCACCCCGCCCCAUUCUCCCGCUUUCCAUCACCCCGCCCCAUUCUCCCGCUUUCCAUCACCCCGCCCCAUUCUCCCGCUUUCCAUCACCCCGCCCCAUUCUCCCGCUUUCCAUCACCCCGCCCCAUUCUCCUUCUUUCCAUCACCCCGCCCCAUUCUCCCUCUUUCCAUCACCCCGCCCCAUUCUCCCGCUUUCCAUCACCCCGCACCAUUCUCCCGCUUUCCAUCACCCCGCCCCAUUCUCCCUCUUUCCAUCACCCCGCCCCAUUCUCCCGAUUUCCAUCACCCCGCCCCAUUCUCCCGCUUUCCAUCACCUCGCCCCAUUCUCCCGCUUUCCAUCACCCCGCCCCAUUCUCCCGCUUCCCAAGACCUCGCCCCAUUCUCCCGCUUUCCAUCACCCCGCCCCAUUCUCACUCUUUCCAUCACCCGCCCCAUUCUCCCUCUUUCCAUCACCCCGCCCCAUUCUCCCUCUUUCCUUCACCCCGCCCCAUUCUCCCGCUUUCCAUGUGUUACACCGGGUUUAA